CUUGGUGAUAAUGGGAACCCUAGGAUGACGUGAAUUGUCCCUGUGUUGCUUAAAUUUGGGCUGAAAGUUCGGCUGGUAUGGUUGUUGAGAGAGCCUUUGGGGUAAUUCGGAGGUUGUGUUAAACUUUAGAGAGAGAUUCGUGAUUGAGUAGAGGUGUUUGUGGUCAUUAGUUGUUGGAGAGCAGGUAGUUGUGUAGUUCAUUGAGUUCUGUGUCGUGCUGCGUCGCGUUGAGUGGCGAGCUGUGCGGUGGAGCGCGACGAAUAACUGCAUUAGAGCAAGAAUUUUUGGUUGCGUUUGGAGUUAGUGCGUUUUGAGGUCUGUAGAGCUAGACAAGUGGUUAGUCGACCGACUCUUGGUGACGAAUCGUUUUUCUGACAGGUUUCGAAGUACAGCAGUCAAAAUGCCUGGACAUCAUCACAAGAAGAAUCGACACAAGACAAAACACCCUGAAACUCAUGAGAAGACGAUGAGUCCUCGCCAGGAAGCGGGCACUGGCGGUCUCAGGGUGGAGACGAACUAUUCUGAGAAGAGUAACAGUCAACCAGCUAGCCAUGGAGCUAGCGGAGAUGAGGGCGAUUCUUUGGCAUCGACCAACUCUACUCCUCGGUACCCACAGAACGGUCUGGUGUCUUGGGAAGCCUCUGCGUCUCCACGCUCAUUGUCUCCUCGUGUCGCAGAGAGACCGUCGGCCUCUCCGAGACGUAAGGCAUCGACUGAACGUGCUGACUCCUCCAAACCUCAGUCAGCUCCACCUGCUGAAAGUCCCAGGACGCAAAUCCUUCACGACUUGAAUGACAAACUUUUGAAGGAAAUCAAAAGUCUUCGAGCUGAUAAAGACAUUCUUUCAAAGAAGAUGGCUCAAUUAGAGGAGAAAAUCAAUACGGCAAAUGAGUCUGAAGAUAAGACCGUCGUCCCAUCUUCUGAACGCCCUAUCGUAGCCGAUGAGCUGAACAAGCAUCAAAUAUCAGAAACUGAGUUUAUUGCACUGAAGGAGUUAGCUGCAACUGCAAGUGUUGAAAAAGACGCACUGGUGAAGGAAAAGAGUUCCUUAAUCUCUGAAAUCAAAGACUUGGAAAAAACUGUAUCUCAAUCUAGGGACGAACUUAAGGAGGCUAAGAGUUCGUCCUCUGCUGCAAACGACAAGAUCAUUGCUCUGGAAAAAGAGAUGGAGUCCUUGGAGAGGGUGCGUGAAGAAUUGGCUGGUUUGAGAGGAAAUUUUUCUAAUCUCAUUGAGGAGAGAGAUUCUCUUGUCUCCGAGAAGAAGCGCUUGGAAGAAACUGUGUGUAAGUCUAGAGAGGAAUUUGAAGAGGUGGAGAGGUCUUCUACUGCUUCAAACGAAAGAGUUGCCAUUCUGGAGAAAGAGGUUGAAUCUCUGGUGAGGUUACAGAAAGAAUUGGCCGAGUUAAGACGAAAUGCUUCAAUGCUCAAUGAGGAAAAGUUAUCCUUACUAGAGGAGAGAGAUAGUCUUCUGUUAGAGAAAGAAGAUCAGAACAACCGCUUGUCCUCACUAGGCAAGGAGCUUGAGGAAGCCAAAAAAGCUGCUGGUGCUGCCAAGGACGAGAUCAAUUCUUUAACGGAGAAGGUGAAUUCGCUCGCUGCCGAGAGUGAGGAACUUCGACAGUCGCAAAUGAAUUUGAAAGACAAUGUCAAAGAUUUGACUCUAGAUAAAACUACCCUUUUGCAAGCGAAAGAGACCCUUACAAAGGAGAACGAAAGGCUGCAGCAGGAGAUCAGGAACACUACACAUGAGCUUGAGGAAGCUGAGAAGCGUUCCUUGGCUGCUAAAGAACGUGUUGAAACUAUGGAGAAAGAAGCUAGGUCAUUAACGUCGACUCUUGAGGAGUUUCAACGAGAAUUGGCGGGACUUAGGGAAAACGUCUCAGAGUUAAGCCAAGAAAGAGAUGGUCUGGUCAAAGAGAAAGACUCCCUCGUUUUUGAGAAAAGGUUAUUGGAAGAUAACCUGAAUAGAUCCAGCGUAGAGAUAGAGGAUGCUCAGAGGAUGAAACAGACUUUUGUAGACAGAGUAGAAGCUCUGGAGAGAGAGGUCGAGUCACUGAAGCAAAUAAACAAGGCACUCGUUGAUUUACAGAUUCCGGAAGAAGAAUUUGUGGCGUUGAAGGAAGAGGCUUCUAGAUUGUUGCACGAGAAAUCCGCAGCAGAUGAAGAGAAGGUUGCAUUAUCUUCUGAGAAGAAGGAGCUUGAGGAUUUUCUCUCGAAAUCAAGAGAGGAGCUUGAGAAAUUUAAAGGACUUGACCUUGCCGGUCGGGAAACGAUAGCUGGUCUGGAGAGUAACUUGCGAAGACUUGAUGCAGAUCUUUCAAGGACUAAGAUGGCCGUUGAGGAGCUCGAGGUCGAGAAUGAGACAUUCAAGAAGGAGAAUGCUAGGCUUGAAGGGACUUUGGCAGAUGCUCACUCACAGAAGGAAGUUUCUUGCAAGGAGAUCGAGAGCCUUGAGCUGAAAGGCAAAGAGUUGAGCGCAGCGGUAGAGUCUCAUAGCACCACUAUCUCAGAAUUGCGUGCAGAGCUCGCUGAUGCGAAAGAAAAGUCGUCCGAGCUUGCUAAGGUUCUGGAAAAGGAGAAAAGUAUUCAAGAGGAUGCGGUGGCUAAAGUUUCACUCUUGGAAACCACUAUUGGUUCCUUAAAGCAGGAACUUGAAAAGGUGGAACGACAAUCAGCAGAAGCUUCUGAAUUGGCUGAAUCUAAAACUAAGGAGUUUGGUGACGAAGUGGAGCGCCUUGAAAAUAUGAUUCUGCAAUUGCAAGAUGAAUUGGGAGCCAGUCGGAAGAGAGCAACUGAAGCAGAUGGAACAUUGGCUACAAGGUCUAGGGAGUUUGGUGAGAAGUUCCAGCAAUCAGAGACCCGGUUCUCAAGUCUGCAAGAGGAGCUGAGCGCUGCUAAAGCUGCUGCAGUGGAGGCCGCAGCAAGGCUCGAAAUAGAGCAGGGAAUUUUUGAUUCUCACACCUCGGAACUAACAAAAAAGUUUGAAGAGUUGCAGAGCAGGGUCGAGAUUAUGGAAAGUCAGCUGCAGACGGAAAGACACGAGGCAGAGAAGGCUGCUCAAAGACAUAAAGAAGAUGAGCAAGCCCUUUCCUCGAAGUUCUCAGUUGCUACUGCUGAGAACGAUAAGCUCAAGGCUGAGCUGAAUUCCUCUUCGGAUAAGAUUCAAAUACUGCAAGAUACAAUCGCAACUUCACAAGCGAACUGUGAGGAACUUGCCGCUGAACUCACGGAGCUGAAGCAUGUGAGGGACAAGUCUGUGGAGGUAAACUCAUGGCAAUCCCAGGUUAAGACCCUGGAGGAAACCUUAGAGACCGCCAAAUGUGAAAGUGAGAGGAAAGAAAAGAUGUACAAAGAGCUGGAACUGGCGAAGGAUAUAUCUGACAAGAAAACAGAUACUACCAAGUACAUUUUGCCAGCUGCAACUGCAACUGGAGCAUUGGCUGCCACAGGGCUGAUGCUCAUCCUGAAGGCAAUUACUCGCCAGCAGUGACUGGUAGGAAUCGCCAGCGCUCCUAGGAAUAGACUCAGUUAUUGACAAGGCCAAUUACUUGGGGUGUUAUGUUCAAUUCGCUACCUCCCCUUCGAGCUGAUUUUUUCCUCUCUCUUCUGUCUAGUCGGGGUCUAGGACUACAACCGAGAAAAACAAGUAUCCCUAUUUUCUUUGGUACUGUACCUACACUUGACACAGUAGUCUCAAUUCCUUAACGAUGGAGACCGCAAAAUGCUGUACUGUGCGAUUCCCACAGAAGAGAGAGUGUGCGGUGAGACGUGCAUUUAACAUCCUUCCAGGCUAAUAUUCACACUUUGUAUUUUGUCACAUGAAUCACCAAGUUCAUAGAACCUCCUCAAGAGUACACUUCAUCAUU